GCCGCCGGCUCCCUGUCCCCGGGACGCGGCGCGGCGGUGGGACGCAGCGGGCGCGCCCUCCGGCUGGCAGGACCGCGCCAGCCGAGCCGCCGCCCGAACUUCGGCGCGCAGCCGAGCGGGGAGCCCAAUUGCCGGGGCGUUCGCGUUUGCGCCUCCUCCUCCCUUCCCCCCCGCCCCAUCUCGCCCAGAAGGGGGACGGGCCGAGUUCCAGGCUCGCGGCUGGUUCAUUCUGCGGCCCAGGAUUAUAUUUACACACACACUGUCCCACUCUCGCCAGAUUGUCCGCUUCGGCGCAGGCACGGGAGGGUUGUUUUCCAAAGUACCGUCUUUCCCUGCACCUGCCUUUCAGAUCACCUCUGGGAACCUGUGGGAGGAGCUGACAGGGUGGACAAUGUUGCUUCGCUUUGCAAAAGGAAGAAAACUUUGUCACCCAGAGGGAGACCUCUGCCACGCGUAACCCGGAGAGAGACCAAGAACCAGGACAGACUUUGGCUUUGAUUUUGCAUCGAUGAGCCCGUAAAGAGGAAGAGGACACGUGAACUCAGCGCACACGCCGACCGCCAUCCUCCCCGGUGGCGGCGGCCCCAGGUACCUGCGCCACCUUCCCUCCCCGCGGAAGUCCCCACGCGGUGUCUCCGGGGUGGAAGGCUAAUCAUCAAGAGCGCGCGGCUCGAGGCCGACGGCAGGGGCCGGGCGAGGAAGGAGAGGACCGAAUUGCAGGAACGAGUUACCCGGAAUUAACUUCUGGUUAAAGUUAUGGGAAGCUCGGCCAUGGACACCAAGAAGAAGAAAGAGGUUUCCAGCCCCGGCGAGAGCAGCGGCAAAAAAAAUCCCAGCCAGAAGAGGCGUUCGCUGCGAGUGCACAUCCCGGACCUGAGUUCCUUUGCCAUGCCUCUCCUGGACGGAGACCUGGAGAGCUCAGAAAAGCAUGCUUCUCGUAAGGUGGACAGCCCCUGCAGCUCGGGCAGCCCCUCCAAAGGGUUCUUCUCUCGAGGCCCCCAGCACCGGCCCUCCAGCCCCGUGUCUGCUCCCGUGAGGCCCAAGGCCAGCCCCGGCUCUCCCAAAACCGUGUUCCCAUUUUCCUACCAGGAGUCCCCUCCGCGCUCCCCACGCCGCAUGAGCUUCAGUGGGAUCUUUCGCUCCUCCUCCAAAGAAUCUUCCCCCAACUCCAACCCGUCUACCUCGCCCGGGGGCAUCAGGUUCUUCUCCCGCUCCAGAAAAACCUCAGGCCUCUCCUCCUCUCCGUCCACACCCACCCAAGCGGCCAAGCAGCACACGUUUCCUCUCGAAUCCUACAAGCAUGAGCCUGAGCGACUGGAAAAUCGCAUCUAUGCCUCCACUUCCCCUCCGGACACAGGCCAGAGGUACUGCCCGUCCUCCUUCCAGAGCACAGCCGGGCCUCCGUCGGCAUCGCCCACGCACCAUGCUUCCUCCAGAACCGUAAGUCCGUGGGCCGGGCCGCCAGGCGUCGGGAGGGAGGGCAGAGUCUGGCUGAACGUAGCCGAAGUCAAGGCUGUGCACCCCCGACCUUUCUGGUAUGCUCGCAGGGGCUGCGGCGGCGGCUGCUUCCUAGACCCCUCUGUGAGCAGCAAGGCUCCAGAACAGACAUCGGCCCACUUCUGCAAAGGGCCAGAUGGUCUGUGGCUCGGGCUCGGUCACGACUCCUCCGCCCGCCCGUGCGGCAGCGAGGCGGAAGGCAGCCGAAGCCCAAACUCAGCCCAACGGGCCGUGCUCCGUCCUUUGUCACUACUGACAUCUGCCUUUUUUCUUUCCUUUUCAGCAGAAGACUCAGAGAGUGGCGUCUACAUGCGCUUCAUGAGGUCACACAAGUGUUACGACAUCGUUCCCACCAGUUCAAAGCUUGUGGUGUUUGAUACAACGUUACAAGUGAAAAAGGCCUUCUUUGCCUUAGUAGCCAAUGGUGUCCGAGCAGCGCCGCUGUGGGAGAGUAAGAAACAAAGUUUUGUAGGAAUGCUAACAAUUACAGAUUUCAUAAAUAUACUACAUAGAUACUAUAAAUCACCCAUGGUACAGAUCUAUGAAUUAGAGGAACAUAAGAUUGAAACAUGGAGGGAGCUUUAUUUACAAGAAACAUUUAAGCCUUUAGUGAAUAUAUCUCCAGAUGCAAGCCUCUUCGAUGCUGUAUACUCGUUGAUCAAAAAUAAAAUCCACAGAUUGCCAGUUAUUGACCCUAUCAGUGGGAAUGCACUUUAUAUACUUACCCACAAAAGAAUCCUCAAGUUCCUCCAGCUUUUUAUGUCUGAUAUGCCAAAGCCUGCCUUCAUGAAGCAGAACCUAGACGCCCUUGGCAUCGGGACCUACCACAACAUCGCCUUCAUCCACCCGGACACUCCCAUCAUUAAAGCCUUGAACGUCUUUGUAGAAAGACGAGUGUCGGCCUUGCCUGUGGUGGAUGAGUCAGGAAAAGUUGUAGAUAUUUAUUCCAAAUUUGAUGUCAUUAACCUUGCUGCUGAGAAGACAUACAAUAACCUAGAUAUCACAGUGACCCAGGCCCUUCAGCACCGCUCACAGUACUUUGAGGGCGUCGUGAAGUGCAGUAAGCUGGAAAUACUGGAGACCAUCGUGGACAGAAUAGUGCGGGCCGAGGUGCAUCGGCUGGUGGUAGUAAAUGAAGCAGAUAGCAUCGUGGGUAUUAUCUCCCUGUCAGACAUUCUGCAGGCCCUGAUACUCACGCCCGCAGGUGCCAAACAAAAGGAGACGGAAACGGAAUGACCGCUGUGAGUGGAGAAGCCCUCGUAGGAGAACUUGAACAAAGAUUCUGGGUCACGCUUUGCCUCAUGAACACUGACCGUGUUAGAAGACCGUAAAAUGGCUAAGAAUGUAUAGCAGGGUUUAGCGAUGGGUAUUUUUUCCAGUGACGUUGAAACUGAGCAUAAGAAACAGGUUUUAUGUGUUUGAAGAUUCAGCCUUGCAUUAAAAGACUGUUUUCAGACCUUUGUCUGAGCGAUUUCAAAUGCUGUAUGUUAUUAAAGUGCACUGUGUCCUGAAAUUUUUUAUUAUUUUUCGUUUCAAAGAAUUCACUGGUCUGUAACAGGCAAUAGGACAUAAGGCGAGCGCAUGGCUUCUUCAGACCUAGUGCCUUAUGUCGGAACACGUGAUAUGUCAUCACUGCGGCCCGUUGCAGCUGGAGCCACACGGUGCUGGGGCGUGACAGUCUUUGGACCUUUACCAAAUCAGUUUUGUUCUCAUUAGAUUUGUCAAACCGUUGUAAUUUGGAUAUAAAUCAUUACUUUGUAAAACUUUAAUGGCAGUUUUACGUUUAAGUGUCUGUUCUGAACUACAGUGUAAACAAAACUGCUUUACAACAGCUUUAUUUUUACUUUCCUGCAAUUUUUUUUUUUUUUUAACACAUCCUGGUGGGUGAGCCUCCCCAUGCCCGUUAAUAAACCAUCGGUGGUUAUUUUUAAAAGGCAAAUUUCUCAUUUAAGUUUGGAUCUGGAAAGCGUAGGACUUCUAAAAUAGCCACUGUUAAGAGUGGAAAGCCGAAGUUUCUGAAAGCACGGGUGAAAACGUGCUCUGCUAGGCUGGGAACAGGCGGCGGUUAGGAGCAGACAGAGUGCCGGGAAGAGGUCUAUUUUUUUCUUGUGUACUGAAACGUAAAAUCACGAUGUUUGUACGGCUGCUGUGCGAUCGUCCGUGUAAAUUCUAUUGUGGCACAUGCAAUAUGUCAUGUGGUUGAAGAGAAACCAUGUUUCCUAAUGUAAGUGCUCUGAAAAUGUCCACACUGUAUAUAUAUAUAUGAGUAUAGUUUGAUUUUUUUGUUGUCGUUUUGGGGUUUUUUUGGCAGAUUGAAAGAUUAAAGUAAAUCUUAUUAUCGA